AUGGCUACCAGAAGAUUGGACUUGCCAACGCCAAAACCAUUUAAAGUUUUGGGACAAAACACUAAUUUAUCAAGCACGUGGGACAACUACAUGAAAAGAUUUGAAUAUUAUUUAUCAGCAAGUGGAAUUACAAAGGAUGAACAAAAGAAAGCUUUGUUAUUACACCUGGGAGGAGAAGAAAUACAGGAUAUUUACGAAACUAUGACUUGUGACAGGACAACAUAUCAAAACACUGUGGAUGCUUUAACCCGAUACUUCAAUCCUAAGAAAAACAUUGCGUAUGAACGCCAUAUUUUCAGACAAGCAUCACAAGAACAGCACGAAACAAUAGACAAUUUCAUCAUCAGAUUGAAAAAGCUAGCAGUAACAUGUGAUUAUCCAGACGGAUCAGCCAAUGAUAUGAUCCGAGAUCAAGUUGUUGAAAAGUGCCGAUCGACAGAACUUAAGAAAAAAUUCUUACGUGAGACAGAUCUCACACUGGAUAAAAUACAAUCAAUUUCCCGUGCAUUAGAAUUGGCGGACUUACACGCGACCAAAAUGGAAGAAAUUAACAACGGUCACAGGAAAACCGAGAAUUCCCAAGCAGCUUCUUACAUGCCCGCGCAGGACGAAUCAACAUACAAAAUCAGCAAAGCGCCGUAUCAUCAUUAUCAACAUCAGCAUCAACAGCAACAAAAGAAAACACGGAAACAGUACCAACCAAGGGCACGACCAACACAGCAACCUUCUAAAUUCAAAACCUGUUAUCGUUGUGGAGGCACAGGGCACAGUGGCCAUGAGUGUAUGAAAUCGCGAAAUAUUGUGUGCCAUAAAUGCAAAAAGUUAGGUCAUUACGCAAAUAUGUGUAAAUCAAAGAAAGUAGAAGUGCGUUUAGUGGAUGAUGAAUUCUCAGAGGAUUACACAUUUCAAUUAAACACACAAAAUAAGUCUCCUCAUGUGAACGUAGAAAUCGAAGGAAUUGAAUGUUCAUUAUUAAUCGAUUCUGGAUCUAGUGUUAAUUGUUUGGAUCGCGCUACAUAUGAGAAAAUAAGAUCAGGUGAUACAAAAAUUUCAAGUGCUCAGUCAAAAAUCUAUCCUUAUGCGCAAUCAAAGCCAAUCAAAACGAUUGGAGUAGCAGAAUUCAAUGUGAAAAUAGGUGGAAAAGUUGUAAAAUUGAAAUUCCACAUAAUUGAUCGCGUAUGCACACCAUUACUUGGAUUUAAAAGUGCAGUUGAGCUUGGAUUAUUAGAAUUCAAUGUCAGUAGUGUUAUCGUAGAAGAAAAUAGUGUGAAAGAAAUAAUUUCGGAAUAUGAAGAUAGAUUUCAAGGGCUAGGGAAACUGAAAGAUUUCCAGCUUAAAUUAAAUAUCAACAAGGAUAUUAAACCAGUAGCGCAACCUGCCAGACGUAUUCCAUUCAAAAUGCGUGAACAAGUGAAACAACAAAUAAAACAACUUCUGGAUCAGGACGUCAUAGAAAAAGUCGAAGGUGCCACACCAUGGACAUCACCAUUACUUUGCGUGCCAAAACAAAAUGGUCAGAUUCGUCUUUGCGUAGAUAUGAGGGUCGCGAAUACAGCUAUCCAGCGAGAACGUUUCCCACUACCAAACAUAGAAGAAACACUGGAAGAACUUAACGGAGCACGAUACUACACAAAACUUGACUUAAAUAUGGGCUAUCAUCAAAUAGAACUGGAUGAAGAGUCGAGAGAAAUUACAACGUUCGUUACAAACGAGGGACUAUAUAGAUAUCGUAGACUCAUGUUCGGGAUAUCGUGCGCACCGGAAAUAUAUCAACGCAUUCUUCAGCAGACAAUACAAGACAUACCGAACUGUAAAAAUAUAUCUGACGACAUCCUAAUAUGGGGCGACACAAAGGCAGCACAUGACAAAACAUUGCGAGAUGUUUUGCAACGUCUUAGAGACAAAACUUUGACUCUAAACAAAGAUAAAUGUGACUUUUGUAAGACAAGCAUUGAAUUCAUGGGACAUACACUGACAUCAGAAGGUCUCAAGCCACAACAAUCCAAGAUCCAGGCUGUUUUGGACACAGAACCACCACAGAAUGUGAAAGAAGUGAAAUCCUUCUUAGGACUAGUGACAUAUUGUGCGAAAUUUCUGCCAAAUUACGCAACUGUAUCUGAACCAAUCAGAAAAUUGACAAGGAAAAACAUUAAAUUCGAAUGGGGACGCGAGCAGAUGGAAAGUUUCCAAGAACUUAAGGACUUACUCACAAGUGCUAGUGUCAUGGCAUAUUAUAAUCCAAACGCUGAAACGACAAUCACGGUCGAUGGAUCACCUGUUGGAUUAGGUGCUAUACUUGCCCAAAAACAAAGUGAUGGACACUUUAGACCUGUGGCAUAUGCUAGUAGAACAUUGAAUCAAACAGAAAGACGAUAUUCCCAGAUAGAAAUCGAAAUGUUAGCAUGUGUAUGGGGUGUGGAAAGGUUUCGAACCUAUGUCUAUGGACAACCAUUCAAACUACUUACAGAUCACCGCCCAUUGUUGAACAUCUUUAAACCUACACACAAACCGCCAGCACGUCUAGAACGUCUACUAAUGAGGCUACAAUGCUACAAUUUCACAGUAGAACAUCAGCCAGGAAUCUCCAAUCCAGCCGACAUUCUCUCAAGGUCAACAUUCAAUAAAGAAAAUUGUGAAAUCUCAAACAUUACCGAGAAAUACCUAGACUAUGUAUGUGAAAAUUCAGUGCCAAAAGCCAUGACCUUAGAUCAAAUUGAUAAAGAAUCAUCUCAGGACAAAUUCACACAGCAAUUAAUCAAGUGCAUAAAUCAUGACAAAUGGCCGAAAGCUGAAGAAUUCAAAACAUUCUUUAAAAUUCGCAGAGAACUGUCUACUCAUAACAAUAUCAUAUUACGUGGAAAUAGGAUAGUUAUUCCACAAGCUAUGAGAGGUCAAGUGUUAAAAAUAGCACAUGAAAGUCACCAGGGAAUUGUAAAGACUAAACAAAUGUUGAGAGAGAAAGUGUACUGGCCAGGAAUUGACUCAGAAAUAGAGGAAUUAAUUAGGACUUGCGAACAAUGCCAGCUAAACUCCUUUCCUCCAAAACAACCAACAAUCACACCUACGGAAUUACCAGACCGCCCGUGGCAAACUGUAGGGAUGGACCUUACAGGACCGUUCCCCGGGGGAGAACAUAUUCUUGUAGUCAUUGACUACUACUCCAGAUUUCCAGAAGCAGAAAUCAUCAAAAAUACAUCAUCAAGAACAAUAAUAAAUAAACUGAUGCGUAUUUUCGCAACACAUGGACUACCGGAAACUAUAAAAACUGACAAUGCGCCAAAUAUGGUAUCAGCUGAAAUCACAGAAUUUUUCAGACGAAAUGGAAUAAAACACCAUCGCGUUACACCAUACCAUCCACAAGCUGCAGGACUUGUGGAAAACUUCAAUAAAACUUUAGGAAAAAGCUUAAAAGCUGCAGUUUCAAGUAAGAAAAACUGGAGAAUUGAAAUUUACAAAUUCCUGAUGGAUUAUAGGACGACACCGCACGUAGCAACAGGAGCAGCUCCAGCUACACUGUUAUUCAACAGAACAGUCAAAAAUAAACUUCCUCACAUUGAAAAACAUAAAAAUGACAUAACAGUUAGACAAAGGGACAAUAGACAAAAACAAAAAAUGAAAAAGUAUGCAGAUAGGAGAUGUAGCAAACAGAAUGUAAUAUACAAGCUAGGACAGAAAGUGCUAGUUCGUAACAGAAAAUUCGGAAAACUUUGUCAAAACUGGGAAAACAAUAAAUACACUGUUGUUGGUCAGAAGGGAAAUACUUUGAUUUUGAAAUCUGUGUACAAUGAAUUGUUUAGAAGACACAUUUCACAAGUCAGACCAUUGUAUGAGAGGAAUAAUUACAAAUAA